AGCUAGUCAGUUUAUGAAAUCCGUGUCAAAUUACACAUAUUUGAUUCGGUAAGCAUGGCGAAAUUAACUUAUUCUUUGAUGCCUCUUUUCCUGACAAAUCUUGUUGUUUUAGCACAGAGAACUUCUGCAAACAAUGAAACAUUGUUUCCAUGCAAUAAUGACGUGUUUUGCCGCGGAAACCUUUUACAUACUGUGCAAAUGGCCAGYCUGUUCAACGAUUCCAAGUCUUUUGUUGACAUGAGAAUGAGCCAAAACCCAGAAGAUGUGUUGGCUGGAUUUUCACGACUURCAKAMAACGCCAGCAGAAGUGAUCUUGCUGCCUUCCUGAAGGAGAACUUCCUUCCUCCUGGCAAYGAUCUUGUGGAAUGGAAACCCGACGACUGGACGGAAAAACCUGCAUUCCUUGAGAAAGUUGUUGACAAACGGUUGAAGACAUUUGGCUACCAUUUGAACGACGUCUGGCUGAAACUCGGACGGAAAAUAAAUCCAGAUACAGCGCAAAAGUUCCCUAAUCGAUCAUCCCUCAUUCUGGUUGACGAGCCCUUCGUCGUUCCUGGAGGAAGAUUUCGCGAAUACUAUUAUUGGGAUACGUAUUGGACGGUGGAGGGUCUUCUAGCUUGUGCAAUGAAUAACACUGUCAAACAYAUGAUAAGUAACUUUGUGCAACUUGUGAAAAAAUAUGGGUUUGUGCCAAACGGAGGYAGAAUUUACUAUCUUAACCGCAGUCAACCACCAUUUCUUAUUCCCAUUGUUGAUCUAUAUUUGGAAGCAACCAAGGAUUUCGACUARGUGAAGYCAAUWCUCCCUUACUUGGAAACCGAGUAUGAAUUCUGGAAUGCCAACCGCAGCGUACAGGUCAASAAAUCAGGGAUCACUCAUAAGCUUAACUAUUACUCUGCAAAUAUGAAUACACCUKGACCAGAGUCCUACUACGAGGAUGUCCAUACUGCAAGUGGAUUAAAGGACAAAGGCCGAGUCUACCGCGAUAUUGCGUCUGCAGCGGAAAGCGGAUGGGAUUUCUCAACACGUUGGUUCA